AAAGAAGAAACAGUAUAACUAAAAUAUUCCAUAUUGGAAAUACUCCCAAACAUCCUUCUAUUUAUUACUUUUCCCAUUUCUUCUCUUAAUUCUUCCUUCUUCCCAGUCUACUUCAAAUUCAAAGCAAUAAGUUGGAGGAUUUUCAGCUAUACUGAAAUUUCGAUUUUCAGAAUCAAAAUCUGGUGCUACGAUGAAACGCUGUACGCUCCCAUUUGCCUUUAUCUUAUUGUGUUGCAUCUUUUUGUUAAGUUCGAUAUUUAUCGCCAGAGCUGAAGUCAUUACCCUCACAGCCGAUACUUUUAAUGACAAGAUAAAUGAGAAGGACACUGCAUGGUUUGUCAAAUUUUGUGUACCGUGGUGUAAGCACUGUAAGAACCUGGGAACACUUUGGGAUGAUCUAGGGAAAGCGAUGGAAGGGGAGGAUGAGAUAGAGGUGGGACAAGUUGAUUGUGGUACACAUAAACCAGUGUGUAACAAAGUUGAUAUCCAUUCAUAUCCUACAUUCAAACUCUUCUACAAUGGAGAAGAAGUUGCAAAGUACCAAGGACCAAGAGACAUUGAAUCGCUGAAAAUUUUUGCAUUAGAAGAAGCAGAGAAAGCCGCCACAAAAGCUGAAGCUGGUGAUGAUAAAGAGUUAUAACUUACUGCCAGGUAACAGGUACAGUCUUGCCAUGUUUCACCGGAAGGACUGUUCCCUAGCAGAAUCUGGAAAACGCUAGAAUGGAUGAAGAUGGCCAGUGAGUCUUCUUUUGUACUGACACUGGGUUGGUGAUGGCCUUCUUAUUCUCCUAGAUUUCGCUGUCUAGGAUUUUGUUAAUCUGAUUAGGCUGACAUUGGCUAGACGAAAAAGGAUCUAAUUUGCUAAAUGAUUACUGUAAACUCCAAAGAUACUCGAAAGAGAUGUUAGACAUGAAAUUUUGUUAUUCUCAUUUUUUGGUAUGAGCAAAGAUGUCAUAUUGAGCUAUGCAGUGGUAAUGACAAGCCCACAGUAUAAUGCUUGAUUAUGAUUGGGACGUGCUUCU